UGGAGAUUGCGUCACUGAAUGAAACUGCUGUGAACAGCAACACGCACGGCGUCGCUAUGGACAGCGGCACAAUGCACAGUGUCGCUAUGGACAGCGCCAACCGCACCUAUAUGCCUUAUUACCUGCAUUCCACCAGCAUGGCCAUCAGCUACAUCCUAUGCUAUGUGGUGGUUCUCCUGCUCUGUGUCGGGGGGAACGUGCUGGUCUCCCUGGUGGUCCUCCGGAACCGCAACAUGCGCUCUGUCACUAACCUCUUCAUCCUCAACUUGGCCAUCAGUGACCUGCUCAUUGGAGUGUUCUGUGUUCCAACGACUUUGAUUGACAGCCUGAUAUCAGGAUGGCCAUUUGGCCAGAUUACAUGCACCAUGAGCAACCUGGUCCAGGGGAUGUCAGUGUCAGCAUCAGUCUUCACUCUGGUGGCCAUAGCUGUUGACAGGUUCACAGGUAUUGUGUACCCCUUUAGACAUCGGAUACGUCCCGUGACUGCUCUCCUCACCAUCCUCUUCAUCUGGGUGCUGGCGUUUGCUGUCAUCUGCCCCUCGGCCGCCAACCUGACUGUUAUCCAGCUGGAGGACACCUACAUGCUCCAGGACAACCAGACCUACCCUGUCUUUGUCUGCUUCGAGAACUGGCCCCGACCUGAGAUGCGUCGGGUCUACACCAUGGUCAUCUUUGUGCACGUGUACUUGGCCCCCCUGGGCAUCAUCAGCAUCAUGUAUGGCUGCAUCGCUGCCAAGCUCUCUAUCAACCUGAGGCAGGUGAGGCUGGCAAAAGUGCGAAGGGCCCGCUCCCAACGCCGUGUUAAAGUGAUCAAGAUGCUGACCAUGGUGGCUGUGCUCUUCAUGGUGUCAUGGCUACCUCUGUGGACGUUAAUGCUGCUGACUGACUAUAGGGAUCUGGACACGCAGCAGAUUGACUUCCUCAGCAGCUACCUAUUCCCUGUGGCCCACUGGCUGGCCUUCUUUAACAGUGGGAUUAACCCCAUCAUCUAUGGCUUCUUCAAUGAGAACUUCCGCAGGGGGUUCCAGGCUGCAGUGGCCUGCAGGCCCUGUUCACAAACAGUAACAACAGUUGUGGUUAAUACACGCUUCAACUUCCCGCCUCCUAACAGAGUAUUCAAUGAUAACCCUGAGUCAUCUGGUGGGAGGAAAGGCCACUGCUCCAAGGGCACUCCCAAGAUUAUCCCACAUGGAACCCAUGGAAUCAUCCUGGAUGACAGGAAUGUUGCACCCAACAGGGUAAUUGGUGCCUGGGUGGAGUGACUGUAAUUAGGGCUAUGCCGAUUAUUGAAUUUUGGGCAACGAUUGUCAUGCAAAUUGUCAUGUUUUUUUUUUGUCAUAACAGUUACAGGCGGGGUUCUACUAAGCUAACGCAUAUAAUUGUUUUAAUAUGUCAUACCAUAGAUCAUUUAGCUAUUUGAUUUUGAA